GUUCGCGCCCACUGAUUUUCAUUACCAUAAUAAUAAAUUCAGUUUUAAAAAUUAAACUUGAACCGCUGAUACUACUCGUUCAUAUGGCGACGACGUUCCAGAGGUCACAUCAUAGAUUACUAUACAAACAAGAGUCGUUGUAGACGAACUCAAACAUCAGAGAGGUUAAGUAAUCGUUUAUUCGAUUCUCUCUCUUAGUUAAAGUGCACUUGUAAACGGGGAAGGUAGAUAUAUUAUUUAAUUCAAAAUGAGUUUGGUCGGAAUCUUAGGCAAGAAAUACAAGUUGGAAAAAAGUGAAAACUUCGAUGAUUAUAUGAAAACAUUAGGUGUGGGUUUUGUCACACGCAAAGCCGGAGCUGCUGUGUCUCCUGUAGUAGAUCUGCAAAAGGAUGGGGACCAGUAUGUGUUGUCGUCGUGUUCAACAUUCAAAAAUGUAAUUUUAAAGUUUACACCCGGCGUUGAAUUCGACCAAGAGACACCAGAUGGUCGAAAAGUUAAAGCAACUAUUUCUAUUGAUGGAAAUACGCUUCACGAAGUUCAAAAAGAUGCCGAAGGAAAAGAGACUACCAUUGACAGGACGUUUACAGCGGACGAAGUGAAAAUGGUAAUGUCUGUCAACAACGUUACCGCUACCAGGAUCUACAAAGCUCAAGCUUAAUGAAAUUAUUAUUAAAUUAUAAAAAUUUUAAUUUUUAAUAUUAUUAUUUUUAUUAUUAUUAUUAUUAUUAUACUGAUUAGAUCAGUAGUUUUUACUCUAAAAUUAUUUUCUAUUUUUCGUGGUACUGAUUUUUUGCGAUGUAUUGGAAAUUAAAACUUCAAAUAUUUACUAAGAAUAUUUUUAUUUAAAAGUAAACGUAUUGGUAUCGUUGGAUAGGUAAAUGUAUAAGGAAUUUUAUGCUUAAAUAAUAUAGAGGGUGUUGCUUUGAAAAAAUUGAGUAAUUUAAACUUAAAAUUAGCCUAAUUUACGACAUAUUUCAAGACACUCUGUAUAAAAUAAACCAGUUCUAUCACCACAGUUCGUUAGCUUAGUAUUUUAAACAAUUUUUAAAUCAUUGUAAACCUACCUAAAUUAUGAUAAUUUAAUUUGAUGUCUGAAUCAUUCUCUAAUUUCAAAUAAAAAUUAUUUGCUUG